AUGAGUCCUCGGAGGCAGCGAGCGUCGGUCCCGCUGCUGCUGCUGCUGCCGCUGCUGCUGCUGAGCGGCUGCCUCCUCGUGGCCGCCCGGAGAGACAAGGGGGCGGCAGGCAGCGCGGCCCAGCCGGCCCCGGGUCCCGCGGGCGGCUCCUCCGGCCGCUUCGUCAGCCCCGAGCGGCACGCGUGCAGCUGGCAGCUCCUGCUGCCCGCCCCGGGGCCCGCGGCGGGCAGCGAGCUGGCGCUGCGCUGCCAGGACCCGGACGGGGCGCGCCACCAGUGCGCCUACCGCGGGGAGCCGGAGCGCUGCGCCGCCUACGCCGCCCGCGGCGCGCACUACUGGAAGCAGGUGCUGGGCGGGCUGCGCAAGAAGCGGCGGCCGUGCCAGGACCCCGCUCCGCUCAAGGCUCGCGUGUGCGCGGGCAAGAAGGGCCACGGCGCUGAGCUGCGCCUGGUGCCCCACGCGUCCUCACCCGCGCGCCCCACUGCGGCGGGCUUCCCCCCGGAUCCCAAGCCCCGCGCCAGGAGCCGGGGGCGCCUCCGGGAGCCCGCGCCUGGCCCCUCCGGAGGGGCCCGACUUCCCGCCGGCGCGUCUCCCAGAGGGAAGCCCUCUGAGACCAACGGCGGCAAGAGGAAGGCGGCCUCGGACCCAGACCAGGAGCGACCCCUGGGGACCGGGCCGGAUCCCGACGGGUUGGACGAGAACGCGAAGCUCACGGAGACCUACUGUGCUGAGAAGUGGCACUCCCUCUGCAACUUCUUUGUCAAUUUCUGGAAUGGCUGA